GGCCGCGCUCGCUCGCCGCCUCCUCCCUGGGCGGCUGCGGAGAAGGCAGCGGCGGCGGCGGCGGCGGCCCGGGAGCAGACAUGGCGGCGGACCUGAACCUGGAGUGGAUCUGCUCCCUGCCCCGCUCCUGGACGUACGGGAUCACCAGGGGCGGCCGCGUCUUCUUCAUCAACGAGGAGGCCAAGAGCACCACCUGGCUGCACCCGGUCACCGGCGAGGCCGUGGUCACCGGACACCGGCGGCAAAGCACAGAUUUGCCCACCGGCUGGGAAGAGGCGUACACUUUUGAAGGUGCAAGAUACUAUAUCAAUCACAAUGAAAGGAAAGUGACUUGCAAGCAUCCGGUCACCGGCCAGCCGUCUCAAGACAACUGUAUUUUUGUAGUGAAUGAUCAGGCUGUUGCGAGCAUGACGUCAGAAGACAAGAAGGAACGGCCUGGGAGUCUGCUAAAUGAAGCCGCCAACUACAGCCCAGCCUCUGACUACGCGGCCCACCCCAUGAGUCCAGCCGGCAGGACUUCACGGGCAUCAAAAAAAGUCCAUAAUUUUGGGAAGAGGUCAAAUUCAAUCAAAAGGAACCCUAACGCGCCUGUGGUCAGGAGAGGCUGGCUUUAUAAACAGGACAGCACUGGCAUGAAGCUAUGGAAGAAACGCUGGUUCGUGCUCUCUGAUCUGUGCCUCUUUUAUUACCGAGAUGAGAAAGAAGAGGGAAUUCUGGGCAGCAUCCUGUUACCCAGCUUCCAGAUCGCCAUGCUUUCCUCCGAGGAUCACAUUCAUCGGAAAUAUGCCUUUAAGGUAAGCCAUCCCAACAUGCGGACCUAUUACUUCUGCACGGACACGGGGAAGGAGAUGGAGCUGUGGAUGAAAGCCAUGCUGGACGCGGCUCUGGUGCAUACCGAGCCCGUGAAAAGAAUUACCUUUAACUUCCGGGUGGACAAGAUGACCCCGGACAGCACCCCCCCUAAAGAAACCAAUAACAUCCCCAACCACAGACUGCUGGUGAAACCCGAGGUGCAGAACAACCAGAGAAACAAGGAGGCGGGCAAGCCGGACGACAAGAAGGCCCUGGAGGCGGAGAGGUACGGCUUCCAGAAGGACGGGCACGAGCGGCCGCUCACCAAGAUCAACAGCGUCAAGCUCGCGCCCGGGCCGGCCCUAGACUACGACGGCGGAGGGGGCGUGGCCUACGCCACGCAGCCAGCGCAGCCCGCCCACGCCAGGCCCGGCAACGCCAGCACCACCGACGGCAGGAUGGCCAACGCCAGCGUGGCGGGGCCCGGGGCCCCCGAGGCCAGCCGCGUCCUGCAGAGGACCAACUCCAUGCUGCAGCUGGAGCAGUGGAUCAAGAUCCAGAAGGGGAGGAGUCACGAGGAGGAGCCCCGGGGAGUCAUUUCUUACCAAACGUUGCCAAGAAACAUGCCGAGCCACCGCGCCCCGACGCUCGCCCGCUACCCCGAAGGCUACAGGACACUGCCCAGGAACAGCAAGGCCCGGCCAGACAGCCUGUGCAGCACGGCCCCCUCGUGCCAGGAGCGGCCCGAGGACAAGCGGCGCUCCCUGCGAGGGGACACCAUGUGGCAGCUGUACGAGUGGCAGCAGCGACAGUUCUACAGCAAGCAGGGCACGCUGCCCCGGCCCGGCCCGCAGGCCCUGGCCAGCAUGGCCGAACCGCCCUUGCCUUCCAUGCCCGCCUCGCCCUCCCACGGCUCCCUCGCCCUCUACCCAGCCUACUCGCCCCAGCGAGCCUACCGGUCCGAGCUGUCCCCUCCCAGCCAGAGAGGGGACGUCACCAUAGACCGCAGACACAGGGCCCACCACCCCAAGCAGGUGUACGUGCCUGACAGAAGGUCGAUGCCCCCCGGCCUGACCCUCCCGUCCGUGAGUCCGCAGAGCCUGCAGGGAAAAACGCCGGAGGAACUGACACUGCUGCUCAUCCAGCUGAGGCGGCAGCAGGCCGAACUGAGCAGCGUUCGCGAGCACACGCUAGCCCAGCUCAUGCAGCUCAAGCUCGAGGCCCACAGCCCAAAGAACGAAAUGCUUUCCCAUCAUCUGCAAAGGAACACCAUGUAUCUGGACCAGCAGAUGAAAGAGAACGAACCUAUUAUCAGCAUGGUUCACACCAUGAUCGAGAACUCGGCGCUAAGACCACAGCUGUACCACCAAUUCUUGAGACAGAAGAACAAGAUAAGUCUCUACUGUCUGUCGCAGGACGGAGGCACCUUGCACCGCAGCCGGCCCGAGGAGGCGGACAUGGACGCCAAGCUCAGCCGCCUCUGCGAGCAGGACAAAGUCGUGCGGGCCCUCGAGGACCGACUGCGGCAGCUGCACAAGGAGAAGUACACGCUGGAACAAGCCUUACUAUCCGCCAGCCAGGAGAUCGAGACCAACUCGGACAACCCCGCCGCCAUCCAGACCGUGCUGUUGCAGAGGGACGACCUACAGAACGGGCUGCUGAGCACCUGCCGGGAGCUCUCGCGGGCCACCGCUGAGCUAGAGCGGGCCUGGAGGGAGUACGACAAGCUGGAGUAUGACGUCACCAUCACCCGGAAGCAGAUGCAGGAGCAGCUGGACCGCCUGGGUGAAGUGCAGACGGAGUCGGCUGGAAUUCAGCGUGCACAGGUGCAGAAAGAAAUGUGGCGCAUUCAAGACGUGAUGGAAGGCCUGAGCAAACACAAGCAGCAGAGAGGCUCCUGGGAAAUGGGUAUAACAGGGUCAAAGCCCUUCUCCACAGUUAAGUACAAGAGUGAGGAAGAGGAAGUAGCCCCACCUCGACCUCCACUUCCUCGGUCUUAUGACUUUACCGAGCAUCUUCCCAUAGCCCCCCCUCUGUCCAAUGAUAGCAGCUCCUUGCUCUGUUAUAGCAGGGGCCCCGUGCAUCUGCCCGAGGAGAAGAGAAUGCAUCAAGUUCAAGGACAGCCAAGAAAUGGACCUCACUGUGGUCCUGAUUAUAGACUAUACAAGAGCGAGCCCGAGCUAACCACAGUGGCGGAAGUUGAUGAGUCUAAUGGGGAAGACAAAUCCGAGCCUGUGUCAGAGGCAGAACCCACAGCUGUCAAAGGGUCACACUUUCCCGUGGGGGUCGUCUCCCCCAGAACCAAGUCACCAACGCCAGAGUCUUCCACCAUUGCUUCGUACGUGACCUUGAGGAAAACCAAGAAGAUGCUCGACCUCAGAACGGAACGGCCGCGAAGUGCAGUAGAGCAACUCUGCCUGGCAGAAAGUUCUCGGCCCAGGAUGACAGUGGAGGAACAGAUGGAGAGAAUCCGGAGGCAUCAGCAGGCCUGCCUGCGGGAAAGGAAGAAAGGAUGGAAUGUUCUCGGUGCUUCCGACUCGUCCCCUGUACAGAGCCCUUCCAGUCUAAGGGAAAAUCCCUUCAGGGUGGUCCAGACUCGAAGGAGAGAUGAGGGCCUGAAGGAACCGGAUGCUGUCAGUAUGGAAAACGAUGGAAAGCCAAAGCGUGGAUCUCCUGUAGAAGACAUCGUUCCAGUCGGUGCAGCCGAGCCCCAAAGCCCAGACUUCAGCAAGGAGUCGAAGAGAACGGAGCAUGCCGUCUAUGGCAUGCUUUUCACCCCUGAGCCAAAGGAGAUAAACUCUGAAGAAUCGGGGGAUAAGGAGAGGAGCGAGGAGCCCACACCUGCUGGAGUCACAUGCAGCCCUGGAGGUGAGAGGAAGAUCACAAACCACGAAGCACUAGACAGCCCUGAAGAAGAUGGCAGUGUUGCUGACCAAAUUGAGCCGGCCGCUUCUCGUGAGCCCACUCCUGAGGCCUCUCGCGAGAGUCAGGCGCUCGUAGUGACAAGUGUGUCUCCAUCUCCUGAGCCCUCGGCCUCGCCAGAGCCGCCCCUGCCCACACAGCUCCCCGAAGGGUCACACUUCAUGUGCGUGUAGGCCCCAGCCACCCCAUCCCAGCCGCCGUGACAAGACGUGUACAGAACGCCUCCACUCCGCAACUCCGAGCGUCCCCCGAUCACCCCGGAACACGAUCCUUCCGAACAGCUUUAAGGCGCCCACCGGCCCCUCUGUCGUCCCCCAGCUUGCACCCCGAGGGAGGGUCCAUCGUGUGCAGUCCACCCCACAGCGCCCCCCCACACACACCCCAAGCCCCGUCCUGCCCCCCUUCCUCCUUGCAUAGGGUUAGUUAUUAUUUCCAAGGACCUUUGAUUUUCUUCCCUUCUCUUCUCCGUGCUCCGCUCCAGGACUGCUUUGUUUCAACCCUUGAUUUGUAACAGCUGGAGAUCGGUCCCUCCACCGAUCUAACCCCGUGCCACUUGAUUCUUCUUGCCCGUGAGGUGUGCGCCCUGUUUUCUGCCACCCUCCAUCCGUCCUUCCUCCUCCGUCAGAUCGCCACGCCCACAGUGAGUGCCCCCGCUCUGUCCGCUUCCGCAGGCCCCUCGCCGCCUCCCGUCCCCCAGGAGAAACGCCAGGUAGAUUCCUGCCACACCGGCCCUCCCUCGCGGGCGGAGCAGACUUGAACAGCAAUAAGCAGGUUUCCCCCCAGUCCUGUACUUAGUUUGUGUACAAAUGUAAUUAUGUUCAUUGUGUACAUACAAUGAACACCUGUAAUGUAUUAAAGGCUACUUAACGAUCGUUUCAAUGCAAAUGUUCAUAUCUCAUUUCUUUUUUAUCAUGUUAAAUAAAUGUCGAUGUUCUUAAAUCAC